AAGUCCUGUUGUCAGCUGUCACUUAUCCUUCAUUUUCGCAUGUCGCUUAUUUUGUAGAAAUGGCUGGCGUGUUUAAAGAAGAUGUUUGGAAAAACUGGGAAAAAUCAGGAAAACAGGAAUUCGUCAAAGUUUGCGUUCCUUUUCUUAAAGAUGAAACCAAAUCUCCAUUAUUUGACAAAGCUGGAAAAUCUACACCAUUCGUAAGCUAUAUAAACGAAUUAAUAGACAAAGGUAUCAAGGGUAAUAUUAAAACAGAACAAGUUGCCAACACGCUGCGUGAAUUAGUGACAUUACAUCCGGAUGUUCCUUCCAUAAUACUAGAUGUAUUAAAUUUGGCAGAUGCGAUAACCUCUCAAGCGGAUAAUGAUGAAGUUAAAGACAGAAAUAAUUUUUGUACUAUCGUUAAAGAAUGCGAAAAGUUUUUGUCCGACAAAUUGUUAAAGGAGAGGUUAGAAAUAGAUACUUUACAAGAAGUAGGAGUAUUAAAAAAUAACACUUUUUACUCUAAAUUCAUCAAAGUUAAAACCAAACUAUAUUACAAACAACGAAAGUUCAAUUUAUUUAGAGAAGAAUGCGAGGGCUUCUCAAAAUUAGUCACAGAAUUAAAUAACCAAUUCAGCGAGAACGCAGAUUCAAAAGAGUUAAUAGGAAUAGUUCAAUCGUUGAUAGGUUGUUUUAAUUUAGACCCUAAUAGAGUGCUCGAUGUAAUAUUAGAGAGUUUUGAGAACAAGCCCAAAGAUGCUAAAGUAUUCGUGUCUCUUAUCAAUAAUUACACAAACGAUCCGAACAUAAUAAGUGAUGUUUUGUCCACAAAAUUUGGAUUUCUAAAAAACAGCGAACAAGAUAUACCACAUUCUUUAUACAUCCUUACAGCGCAGUUGCUUCAGAAUAAAAUCAUCGAAUUGAAUGACAUUUAUUAUUGGUUACUUCCCGAAGAUAAAACUAUUAACAAGGAAGUCGACAAGCACAUGAAAGACGCUCGAGAAUACGUGCGAAAACUCCAAAUAAUCAGCAUAAAUAAUAAGGAAAAAGAAGAUAUUCCUGAUGAAUCGGAUGUCGAAAGCGAAACGUACGAAGGAAACCAAAAGUUAGGCCUCUGCGAAGCGUUGCUUAUGAUUGGCGAUUGGGAAAAUGCUAAAAUUCUCAUUAAAAGAUUACCAGAACGAUACGCCGUUAGUUACGAACCUAUAGCUAAUGCUUUAUGCAGUCUUUUGCACCAUAUUAUUGAACCGGUUUAUAGCAAGUUUGGAGUGUUUGGAUCGAAAAUACCGAGGAAACCUUACAGUGCUUUCGAUGGUUUAAAGCCACCACCUCAAGCAGAAAAUUUCAAAGACUUGCGUGAACUCGCUUUACCGAUGUUUCUAAUGUUGGGGGCGUCGUUAAGAUAUGAUACAGUUCUUUUAUCGAAAAUAGUGAGAUUGUCCAAAUCGGUUCUUGUCUCUUAUGGUAUAGACAAUGCUAAAUCUCAGCCGCCCAAAGAAGAUUCUUUGUAUUACGAUAUUCUUUCGCUGAUAGAUCUAACCAUUUUGCCAUCGUUAGCUUAUUUGGAAUGUAAUUGUUGUAUAGCAGAAGAAAUUUGGACACUUUUGAAGCUGUAUCCGUACCAAAUAAGAUACUGUUUGUACUCGAGAUGGAAGAAUGAGACUUACUUCUUAUACCCUGAUUUGCUGAAGAAACGAGCGGACUCUGAGAAACAAAUUAAAAACCUCAUGAAGCGAGUCAGUAAAGAAAACGUUAAACCAGUAGGGAGGCUUAUCGGAAAGCUCACCCAUUGCUCUCCGGGUUUCCUCUUCGAUUAUGUUCUACUGCAAAUACAAGUCUAUAACAAUUUGAUCAACCCAGUGGUCGAUUCUCUUAAAUACUUGACGAGUUUAUCCUACGACGUUUUGGGAUUCUGCCUCAUCGAAUCGCUGGCUAAUGCCGAGAAGAAACGAGUCAAGCACGACAGCACUUCGAUUUCCACUUGGUUACAAAGCCUGUCCAGUUUCUGUGGAGCCGUUUAUAAAAAAUACUCCAUCGAAUUGUCGGGUUUGUUGCAAUUCGUUGCUAAUCAACUCAAAGCUCAGAAAAGUUUGGAUUUGCUGAUCCUGAAAGAAGUAGUUCAAAAAAUGGCCGGUGUAGAUGCGGCGGAAGAUUUAACCAUGGACCAACUGAAUGCUUUGGCCGGUGGGGAACUUCUGAAAUCUGAGGCUGGAUAUUUCAGUCAAAUUCGCAACACGAAAAAAUCUUCGUUAAGACUGAAGGAAGCGAUGAUAGAAAACGAUCUGGCUGUAGCAUUGUGUCUUUUGAUGGCACAACAGAACUACUGUGUCGUUUACAAAGAAACGGCGAAGAAUAGCCACUUAAAAUUAGUGGGAAAAUUGUCCGAUCAGUGUCAAGAUACUCUAGUACAAUUUGGGACGUUUCUUGGUUCGACAUUGUCCGUAGACGAAUAUGUUAAUAAAUUACCAACCAUUCAAAGUAUGCUGACGGAUUACCAUAUUCCUUUAGAAGUAGCAUUUUUCUUGGCGAGGCCAAUGUUUAAUCACGCCAUAAAUCAAAAAUACGAUCAACUUAGGAAAAUGGAUCCGGCCUACAAGAAAAUGUCGAACGCCAUCAAAAAUCAAAAAUAUUACGAGUCUGCUUUAGACGUGAUGGAGCCCGUGUGUUUAUCUUUGCAACAUCUACAUCCGCCCAGAGUGUGGGAAGACAUUUCUCCUCAAUUUUUGUCCACGUUUUGGUCGCUGACUAUGUACGACUUAUUUGUACCUGAAGAAACAUACCAACAAGUCAUCAACAAAGCGAAAAUGGCCGCACUAGCCAAUAUGGACAUGGGCGUGAAGGGAAAGAAAGAGCAAGAAAGAUACCAGACUCUAUCGGAAAAACUUUCGGAUGAGAAAAGAAAGCAAACGGAACACGUCGACAAGAUAAUGUACAGAUUAAAGCAAGAAAAAGAUAAUUGGUUUCUGUCGAAAUCGGUUAAAACGACUGCUAAAAAUGAAACUAUCACCAGAUUCCUCCAAUUAUGCGUUUUUCCGAGAUGCAUAUUCACGCAGAUUGAUGCUGUGUAUUGCGCAAAGUUCGUUCACACGAUCCAUUUGUUAAAAACGCCCAACUUCUCCACUUUGCUGUUUUACGAUAGACUAUUUUGCGAUGUAACGUAUUCUAUAACAUCUUGCACGGAAAACGAAGCGAUGAGAUACGGAAGAUUUCUAUUCGCCAUGCUAGAGACCGUCAUGAGAUGGCACAAAUCGAAAGAUAUAUUCGAAAAGGAGUGCGCCAAUUACCCCGGCUUCGUGACGAAAUACAGAAAAAACAACCAGCACGCCGAUAAUUUGGACAACGUCGAUUACGAGAACUACCGGCACGUUUGCCACAAGUGGCACUACAAGCUGGCCAAAGCCAUGGUGACUUGCUUGGAGUCCAAGGAUUACAUUCAAAUCAGAAACUCGCUGAUUAUAUUGAUCAAGAUCAUCCAGCACUUUCCGAUUUUGAUUAAACUGAGCCAGUUCAUCGAGAAGCGAAUCGAGAAAGUUAGGGACGAGGAAAAGAAUAACAGACAGGACUUGUUCACGUUAUCCAGCAGUUAUUUGGGAUUGUUGAAGCAGAGGACGUUUAGCGGUCAGUUUAUGAGGGAGAAUGAGUUUCACAUUCCUUUGGAAAAAGAAAAGGGCAAUAAAGGUCACGAUAACAAAAACGAAGCUGCCAGUAAGCAACACAAUGGGGAAAACAGAGAAGACGUCUCGAAUGGUCAGAGUAAAGCUGAGAAAAAAUCUUCUAAACAAUCAUCCGAAGAGGGAAGCAGGACCACCAAAAGCCAAGUAAUCUCGGUCGAUAUUAGUGGAUCCAGUCCGUCCAAAGAAAGAUCCGAAAAGUCCCAACGCGACGAACCUGUCAAAGAAAAGCAUCGAUUCGACAAACAAAACGAAUUGGACAAGGAACGGGAAAAAGAAAAGCGCAGAGAAAGGAGAGAGGAAAAAUCGAACGCCAAAGACGACAGACACAUCUAUAGUAGUAGCAGAGAGGAAAGGUUCAUCGAGCUACUAGGCUCGAAAGACGAAAAUCGCUAUUCAAACGAGAAACAACUAGAUAGAUACUACGAUGAUAGAGGCGGAGGAGCGAGUAAUUACUACAGAAAUGACGACAGAGAAUUGUCCAUUAGCGGUAACGGCACCGUCGGGAGGAGAAGUCAGGAGCCCGAACCCGAAAGAGAUUCAAAGCGAAGAAAAGUCGACGGUUCUUCGAAGAGUUCCAAACACGAUGAGCGGAAAUCGAAUCCGGACUUUUACCCCGAGAAGGCGGAAAAAAGAGAAAGAUCCGUGAAACCUAAAGAGAAAAGGGAAAAAUUAAGCGAAGAGGAGAAGGAAAUGCGAAAAGAGAGAAAGAUGGGCAGAAAGCGGGACAGACUAGACGAGACUCUACAGUUGGAAAUGAAAAGGCGACGAGAUGAAGAAAAAGCUUCUAAACUUGUUUCUCCAAAUGGAGAAAUGAUCGAGCCGCCCAUGCAUUUAAGAGAAAAACAUCAUAGAAAUAGGGAAAUAUCACCAUAUCAAAGGGAAAGAUCUCAUGAUAAGUCGGAAUCGAGAGAAAAACACAGAAGGAGUUCGGAGAAUAAGAGAAGAUAACCAACAAUUACUAUAAGAUGAGAAAAUGAGUAAAAAUAAGUACGUGUUUCAAGGCGAAUUUGUUCAAUGAAUGUUCAUCGUGAGAAUUUUAUUAUUUAAGUUUUUAGUUUUUAAUGUGAUCCAUUUUGUGUAAUAAAACUAAAUUUAGUUACGUUUUAUUUUUCAUUUAACAAAUCUUUC